AUGAAGGAUUGCUAUUUACCUGACCCUGAAAAAAUCAAAUAUUCUUUUAAUUUAAUUCUAUUUACAAAGGAUGAAUAGUAGCGUAAUCAAGCAAGUGAGUUUUUAAGAUAACUUGAAUAGAAUGAACCCUAAUUUUUGCUAUCUUUAAUACACAUCUAUGAAAAUGAUAAUGUAAAUCUUCAGAAAUAAUAAUUAGACGGAGGUCUUGAGACUUCAAUCAUUAUUAUUAUUAAAAAAUGCAAUCACUAGAAAUUGGAUAAAAGCAUCAAUUAUAAAUGGUAAAAGGGCUAAUAUCUUAAAUGAACAAUUAAAAAUACAAGUCAAAUAAUCUUUAGUUAAACUGCUUAUAUAGAAUAUUGAAAGAAAAGAAAGAAACAUUUUAAAUCAAAUUAUAUAAGUAAUAGUUAAAUAUGAUUUCCCGGGAAAAUUUUAGGAUUUGGAAAAUUAUUUUAUAUCAACUUUAUCAUAAAUUAGUUAAUUUGAUAAUGUUGUCUCACAUCCAAUAUAUGAUUUUAUAAGAACCUUAAAAUCAGUCUAAAAAGAAGUUUCAAAAAAUAGAUUAAGUAAAAAAAUUAUUUAUAGAACUUUAGUGGCUUAUAAAAUUUAAUAAAAAGAGUUUAGUUAAAAGAUUUUACCAAUGUUUACACAUCUAUGGAGAUAUGUUACUUAAUUAUAAUUUUAAGAUUUAUCUAAAGGUUCUGAUAUUACUUGUAAUGUAUUACUUUAAAAGACAUCCUAAAAAUUAGAUUAAAUAUUAAGCUAUUUAAUAAUGCCUUUUCAUUAAGAGGAAGAUUUGUAAAAAAAUUAAUAUCAUUAGAUAAACUAUAUCAGAAAUUUUCAAAAUUUUACUAUAGAAAGCAUCUGAAUUACUAAAAGUAUAUCAAAAUUCUAAUAUAAUAAAAACUCAUCUAAAAACAUUGAUUUGUAGUUUAUCAAAUUUAUAAUAAUUAUAUCCUAUUAGUAUUGGAUAUUCACUUUAGGAUUUCUUGACAAUUUUAUAAAUUAUCUUAUUAUAAGUUGAACCUGAAAAUCGAUUAAUUAAUAUUGGAAUAGCUUCAAUAACAAAAAUUUUAUAGACUCAUUUUUACUACUGUUCAAAUGAAUAAUUUAAAGCAACAAUCCCUUAGCCAAAAUCAUAAGUGUAUAUUCAAUUAAGAGAAGUAUGUAAUGAAACUUUUCAGGGGUUUUUUAAUACUCAUAUUAUAUUCUUUUUAGAAAGAUUAAUUGUUAUUAAUUCUUCAAAGAGAAAUUCUAAUAUAAAAGAAAUCUUAGAAAUUGAAAAUGAUUAAAAAAGUAAAACAAGUGAUGAUAAAGAUGAUGUUUGUGAAUCAACUUAUCUUUUAUGUGCAGAAUGUUAAGAAUAAUUAAUAAGUAGAUUUCCUUAAUAAAUAUUGAAUUAUAUAAUAGAAAAUACUUAGUAAUUAUUAUCAACUAAUUAUUCAGUUAUAAAAACUGAACUUAUGGAUAGUUUCUUUUCAUUAUUUGGUAAAGCUAUAAAAAUUCAAGAAAAAUAGAAAUUAUAAACUGUUUCUUUUAUACCCAUUUUAAAUUAUUUAUUUUAGACUGAAAAUCCAAGAAAUUAUUAUAGAUAUAUUAUGUUAGGAAAAGAAUUUAUACCUAAAUUUUGUCAAUCUGAAUUUGAAUAAUUUUUUGAACAAACUAUAAUUAUAAUUAUAAAAUCAAAUGAUAUAGCAAUUAAAAUUGCAGGAUUUGAUUGCAUAAAUUAAAUUUUGAUAAGUAAAAUAAAUAGAAUUGAUUAUCCAAUUUUGUUAAAAUUAGAACAAGUAAUUUCAUUAUUACACAAUAUAUUAAAAGAGGAUGAUAUAUCUCAUUAUAUUUAGAUUAUUAAUAACUUUCUGUACUAAUAUAUAUAUACUUCUUUAGUAAUCUCAACAAAUUCUAAUUAAUUUGAAAAUAAACUAAUAUAAAAUUAAUAUUUAAUAAAUUUGUUUAAUAUAAAUACAAAUUUAGUAGUUUUAAAUUUUUGUGAAAUGUUUAAAAAGUUAUUGAUUAGUUUUUCUUUUGGUAAUGUACCAAAUUAACUUAUUUAAUUAGCAAUAAUAUUUAUUACAUAAAAUAUUUAAAACAAUCAUCAAGAUGUAUUAGAUUUGUAUUUAAAAUUGCUCUAUGAAUUUAAUAAAUGUAUGAAUGAUAAUACAACAGGUAUUUAAUUAUAAGGUUUAUUCUUGAAAAAUGAAAAUUUACUAUUGUAAAAUUUAGAAAAUUAGACAAUUUAAUGCUUUAUUUUAUAAAUGAUAAAUGAAUUGAUAUUAUUAGAUUUAUUACCUAUAUCAAAUAAUCUUUAUUAAAUAUUAGCUUAAUUAUUGAUUAAAGCAUAAACUAUUAUUGAUAUUGAAUAAUAAGUAGAAAUGAAAAAUAAUUGUCUUUAUGUAAUGGAAACAAUUAUUUUAUAAUAAAUUGGAAAAAUAGAUGUAUCAUGUUAUGGAAAUUUGAUUCUUUAUUUAAUAAAAGAAUUUAUAGGUUUUCAAUAAAUAUUAUUAAAAUCAUUUUAAUUUAUUGAAUUAAAAACUAGAGUUAUUAACAUUUUGAAUAUAUUUUUCUUUAAAGAAGAAACUUAUUUUAUGGAAAUAGUUAAAUCCAACUUCCCCAAUUAUGAUUCAUAUUUUAUUUAAUGGCAAGAGAAUUCAAUCAAUAUCAUUAAUAAAGGAAAUAAAAAAUUAAAUACAAUAACAACUUUAAAUUUUUUAAAAUAUAUUUCUCAACCCACAUUAUAGAUUUUUAUAGAAUCUAUACUAAAAGAAAGUUUAAUUGAAAUUCAUUAUUAUAUCGAUUAUUAGAAUGAAGAAUUUAGAGAAUAAUAAAUAAAAAAUCGUUUAUAAUAUCAUAGUUUAGAAAAAGUAAGAUUAAAUAAGAAUAGAGAAAGCUUAAGAAAAGAAGAAAUAUUUGAAAAAAACUUAGAUUAUAAUAAACUAAAUAUCUAAUAAUUAGUGUUAGCAACUAUAAAUGUAAUAAUUAUAUCUAUAACUAGUAAGUUAUGA